AUGAUAAUUGAUGUCAUAAUUGAUACAGAUGGCUCACAGUAUGAAAAUGGGGAAACGGCUCAUGAUGGAUCUCAAAUCGAGUCUCCAGAAACCCCUGAGAUGGAAUCUAACGGUAAUGGACACAAACAACUACUGAAUGGAGGAGAAACAGGAUUUACAGGCACAUCUCAGAUACAAGGAACAGAUGGUUUUGAUUCAUUUGGCACAAGCCCUCACCUGGAAAUUACAGGCAUAAUAGAUCAGUCAAGCCAUGACUUGCUUGUUGGCUUAAUGGGUGAGAGGACAGGAGAGAGCUUUGGUCCAGAGACUCAAACAGACGGGCUAGAUCACAUGGGACUCGCAUUUCAGGUGGAUUCGGCAGCUGCUGGCCUGAGCCCAGGGCACCCGUCCAGUGGCGGUCCAGUUCUAGACGCUCCUCCAGAUUAUCUGUCGGUUGACAAUGGGAACGGUGAUUAUACCCAUUCAAUCAGCAUGUCUGAUAAUGGAGCCCAAUCAAAAUCACCAGCUGAUACAACAGAUUCAUCUGUAGUCUUUGACACAAUGUCACAUCCGGGUCAUUCAUUCAUAGACUAUUCAGAUGGUGGGGCGGAUAACAAUGGUGCAGAUUUACCCGAUACAAACGGAAAUGGAAACGGUCGGCACAAACCUGUGGUAGACAUACAGAAAGGUGACCCUCCAGGCAUUCUUCUCGACAUCAGCGGAACAGGCCAUCAGGACGCAGCAACGGAGAUGCAUCACACAGCUGUUGGUGCACUUGAUCUAAACGACCACACUCUCAGUCCCUACACUGACAUGAUUGGAUUUGACAGUGUCACUGGUGCAAGGGUGCAGACAGAUAUGGCCGGAGCAGCAGGUGAUCCAGUGACUGACGGACAGACUCUAACAGACAUGACAGGGCAGGGACACUUAGCUGUGACAGACAGCAUGCCAAAUUACACAGCAGAUUCUGUGCGUGCGACUGGGACUGGAUUUACAGAUGCCUCAGAGACACAUAGUAGCAUGGUUCAGACAGACUUACCAGUCACAGGGGAUCAAUUCACAGGGGUUUCCUCACAGACAGAUGCCAUGGGCACAGGACAACCUGGUGCUACGGAACAAACACAGACAGCUGUAUCAGCAGGUGAACAGUACCACACAUCUGGUCAGGGUCCUGAAGGUGCAGAAAAUGUGGAACUGGAAGAUACCUGCUGACUUCCACAUGAAGCCGCAAGUGAGGUUUCUGCGCUACAGAUUUCAGUGUACGGACCCGUACGCCUGGCAGAAGAACCGUGAACCCGCCCGCUAGACUUUAGCUCUCCUUUGUGUGUGUGUCCGUUUGUUUUAUUUUUGACUAUUUAAACAUUCAGAGGAUACUGUAACUUAACGUUUUAUUGCGCCUGUUAAUAAAAGUGCCCUGUAAGUAUUUUAUUCAUUGGUACGAUGAAAGAAAAAUCAAAGGAGUCAAAUGGAGAAGAAAAAAAAUCACGAUUUAACGUAUUUGCUUUGUAAAUUCAAUGGUUGUUUUCCCCCAUAAUUGUCGCCACUGUAUUUUCUUGCCUAGAUGUUUAAGCAAUGUUCUUUACAAAUGUCACAAAUUGUAUAUUGCUGAAUGUAUGUCACUCAAAGAUAAUCUUUACAUUAAAUUGAACAUCUAUUUUGAACAUCAUAUUAAAAUAUUUGUCAUUUUACCUGAGAAAAUGCAUA